GCAAAAGUGAACACAUACCCACGUUUCUUUGUAAAUUUCAAUGAAUAUUUGGGGAUUCAGCCAUUGUUUCUUAUUAUUAUCACCACUUUCGCAUUCUGAGAUUCUCAAGAAAGAAAAUAAGCCAAAUCGUGUUUUUUUCCAUCUUACUCAGACGCAUUGCUCUGUUCAUUUACCGUGAAGUGACGACACAGCACAAUGGGAUUCUUCAAAGCAUCUCUGUUCAUAAUCAUACUCUCAGUUCUCAAUCAUGGCCAUGGCUCAAGUGAAAUCUCUUUCUGGCUACUGAAGAUUCGGUCUGAAUUCAUCGAUUCAAAUGGAGUUCUCAGCAACUGGUCUCCUGAUUCAGACGCAUGCAUCUGGAACGGCGUAACAUGUUCGGAUGAUGGUGUUAGUGUCGCUGCCUUGAACUUGUCUGGUUCCUGCCUGUCUGGUUCCAUCUCUAGAGAGUUCCAGCACCUCGUUUCUCUUCGACUUCUCGAUCUUUCGUCGAAUUCGUUAACCGGGUUCAUCCCUUCCGAGCUUGGCCGGCUUCAGAAUCUCCAAAGUUUGUUCCUUUUUUCGAAUUCUCUCUCGGGUGGAGUCCCUGCGGAGAUCGGUCUCUUGAAGAAUCUGCAGGUUCUUAGACUGGGAGAUAAUAUGCUGCGGGGAGAGAUACCGCAGCAUAUCGGUGAUCUCUCCGAGCUGAGAGUUCUCGGACUCGGAUACUGCGAGUUGAACGGAAGCAUACCGGGUGAGAUCGGACGAUUGAAGAAUCUUGAGAUUCUUGAUUUGCAGAGUAACGAUUUAUCUGGUCGGAUUCCGGAUGAGAUUCAGAGCUGCGAAGUUCUUCGUGUCAUUGUUUUAUCAAACAAUGGGCUUGAAGGAAGUAUUUCCACUUCUUUCGGGUCGAUCGAGUCGUUGGAGAUACUCAACUUGGCUAAUAACAGCUUCUCGGGUUCGGUUCCUUGGCAGCUAAGCAACCUAACCGGUUUGAAGUAUCUGAACUUAGCCGGGAACAGAUUAACCGGAGAGAUCCCGGUGGAAAUCAACGGUUUGGUCGGCCUCGACACUCUCGACUUGUCGGAUAAUGAACUUUCAGGUACCAUAAGGAUUCUGAGCAGUAGAUUGACAAACCUCAGGAGCCUGAUUCUUUCACGCAACGCAUUGACCGGCGACAUUCCCUGCUUCUGCGCGAAGAACUCGAACCUCGAGCAGUUCUUCGCAUCAGAGAAUCAUCUCUGGGGCGAGUUUCCUCUGGAGAUUCUGAACUGCACCUCAUUGCUUCAACUAGACCUUUCCGACAACAACUUCAGAGGAGGAAUACCUCCGAGCAUCGACCGAUUUCUGAGCCUUACUGAUCUUCUCCUCAACAACAAUAGCUUUACCGGGAAUCUCCCGAGGGAAAUCGGGAACCUGACAAGCCUCGAGAGUCUUUAUCUCUUCGAUAACAUGUUACACGGUUCAGUCCCUCGUGAGAUCGGGAAGCUGCAGAAUCUGAAAACUAUUUACCUUUACGAUAACCAGUUUUCGGGGCAGAUUCCAGAGGAAUUGACAAACUGCUCAAGCUUGACAGAGGUUGAUUUCUUUGGAAACCAUUUCUCGGGUCCGAUUCCCGCGAGUGUAGGAAACCUCAAGAACUUAGUUCUGCUUCAGUUGAGACAAAACGAGAUCUCGGGCGAAAUCCCUUCAAGCUUAGGUCACUGCAGUAGGCUUCAGCAGCUUGCGUUAGCCGAUAACAAGCUAUCAGGUUUGCUGCCACUCACAUUCAAGUUCCUCUUGGAACUAAGCACGAUCACUCUUUAUAAUAACUCUCUCGAGGGCCCUCUCCCGAGCUCUCUAUUCCUUCUCAAGAACCUCAAGAUCAUCAAUUUUUCUCAUAAUCGCCUUUCCGGGUCUGUUUAUCCUCUUACCGGUUCGACUUCACUUACUGCACUAGACCUGACAAACAACAGUUUCGAGGGUUCGAUCCCUCCGAGGAUUUCCAUGUCCAGAAACUUAACCCGUCUUCGCCUUGCUCUUAACCACCUGACUGGUGAAAUUCCUUAUGAUUUCAGCCAACUUGUUCAACUCAAGUUCCUUGAUUUAUCCUCCAAUAAACUCACUGGAGAAUUCUCGCUUCAGCUCAAGAACUGCACUAAGCUUGAGCAUAUAUUACUUAACGGGAACCGAUUCACCGGGAAACUGCCCGUCUGGUUAGGGAGUUUACAGCAGCUCGGAGAACUGGAUCUCUCUUUCAACAGAUUCCAUGGGAUAAUUCCUCAAGAAGUCGGCAAUUGUUCAGCAUUGCUGAAGCUAAAUCUCCAUUCGAACAUUCUUUCUGGUGAAAUCCCACCAGAGAUCGGGAAUCUGCAGUCCCUCAACGUACUCAACCUACAAAGAAACAAUCUCUCGGGCUCUAUACCGGCUACAAUCCAGCGAUGCAAGAAACUAUAUGAGCUAAGACUCUCGGAGAAUGCACUGACCGGUUCUAUACCCAUCGAGCUCGGUGAUUUGACAGAACUUCAAGUGAUUCUCGACUUAAGCAAGAACCAUCUCUCGGACAAGAUCCCUUCUUCCCUCGGAAACCUCCUCAAGUUAGAAAGAUUGAAUCUUUCCUGCAAUCUCCUCCAAGGGGAAGUGCCAUCUUCUCUAAGUAAGCUCACAAGCCUCCAUAUGCUAAACGUUUCGAGUAACCGUCUGAAGGGCAAGCUUCCUUCGUUAUUUUCCACGUUCCCGGUCAGCUCUUUCCUUGGAAACAGCAAGCUGUGCGGCCCUCCAUUGGCGAAAUGUCGAGGUUUGUCGGGAAAGGAGAAGCAGAGACUGACAGAAACUGAAGUGGCACUGGUCAUUGUAGCAAUCGUGUUCACAUCAAGCGUGAUAUGCCUAGCAAUGCUCUAUGCAAUGCUGAGAAUGUGGAUCAAUUGGAGAGAAUCUUCGGUUUUGGACGAAGGAAACGAUCGAGAAAAGAAGACGGAAUAUGUUGGAGAGUACAGAAAAGCGAAUUCCUCUUCGUCAUUAUCAUCUACUUCUCCCAUGGUUAUCUCCUCGCCGCCGCCACCACCGAAAAAAGACGAACACUUUUCUCUCGGCAGAGGCUUUUCCAUCUUAUGGUGGGCUCAAAAUCCAAAAGGGUUGCAGAAAUGAACAAUCUUUUAUGCUGAUUGUAAAUUUUAGUUUCAUCUAAUGAGCGAAAAUAUCCGAGGUUUGAGUUUA